ACUCUUGACUUUAGCUUUGACCACAUUUUUCCCUUGAUCUUUCCUUUCUUUAGCCAUAAACGUUUUCCUCCUGCAUUCCCUCCUUCCUUCUUGCGCUGUUGAUGUGGAAGUAUUACAUUCGAUACAGACAUCUACUUUUUUAAUGAUGACGUUGUGUUUUCAUCAGAGUUUUCUGAAAUAAGUUAGAUUAGAAUUCCCGCCUUAAACCACAGAGAUAUCAUGAUUAAAAUAUAAAUAAAGCACACCUCUUAGAAUAUACCACAGUGAUUUCAACUAGAGUAAAAGCUGGGAUAGGAAUGCAAAAUGUACGAUUUUAUUGCCUUGAUUGUUAUUUUCAAAAACAGAUUAUGAAAAUAAAACCUGAUAUAAUAUAUAUCUAUGAAAAACAUUGAUUACCUCUUGAAAAGGGAAAUAAAAUGUUAUAAAAACAAUCCGAUAUCUGAACAGUCAGUAUGUUUUGACGUUCUGUGAUCACAAUCCUCAUAUAAGCAGUGCCUGGACUCAUUGAGUAUAUUUUUAAAACUAAAACAUACCAAUUAUUCAUUUGUAAGUAAAAGCAAUGAAGAAUCAAAUGAUUCUUUAAUGUAUAGGUACACUUUAGAUGUAUAUUUUUUAAUUAUAUUAUAAUAUGCAAACAUAACAACAACGAAAAAUUUUUAGGAGCGUUCCCAACGUCGAAAUUAAUAUCCUUACAAUCUAUAAAGAUUUAUAUUAGUUUAGACAAGACUUUCAAAAAUAAAACCUUUAAGUUUGUUUUGGUCGAAUUUGUAAAUAAAAUAAUGUCGUCGUUAAAUUCUCAAUCUUCUCACAUAACCCUGUAUAUGUUCUAUAAAAUUAUACACUGGUAUCAUAUUGUACUAGCUACUGAUAUUAUCAUCACAAGAUUCAACAAAAAUUUAGGACCCUGGACUACUGGAGAAUGCAAAUACAAUGCAUCAAACAAACUAGGAAGCAAGCGAGACAUUGUAUAUCAUAGAUACAUUGAACAUUGUAGACAUUAAAGAAAAUCUUUAUAUUUGUGGCUUAGUACAAGAACAAAGUACAUGAAUGGAGUAGAGUAACGGAGUACAGGGAUGAAGUACGGGAAUGGAGUACAGGGAUGGUGUACAAGGAUGGAGUACAGUGAUGAAGUACAGGGAUGGAGUAAAGGGAUGGAGUACAGCGAUAGAGUACAGGGAUGGAGUACAAAGAUGGAGUACAGGGAUAGAGUACAGGGAUAGAGUACAGGGAUGGAGUACAGGGAUGGAGUACAGGGAUGGAGUACAGGGAUGAAAUACAGGGAUGGAGUACAGUGACUGUACACUGUACAGUACACUGUAUUUGAGUAUUGUGAUGGAUUUCAGGGAUAAAGUAAAGAAAUGGAGUAAAAGUAAAAGUUUUUUGUCUAGUUAAAGUACUUUGAAGGAGAUUAGGCAUUUAUAGUUACAGAACUGAAGUAUAAUUAAGGUGUAGUAAUAGUGUACAAGAAUGAAGUUCAGAAAUUGAGCACAAAAAAGCUAGAAAUUGGUUUAUAUGAUGAAAUAAAAAUUAGCACAGGGAUUGAGUAACCGUUUAGUGGCAGAGUUAAAAAAUACAAGAAUAGAGUUCAACCAUUAAGUAAAGGAAUGUAGUUAAGGAAGAGAAUACAGAGGAUCAAAAAUUGAGUACAAGGAUGAGGUUCAAGAAUGAAGAACAUGAAGGGGUCAGACGAAUGGAGUACAAGGUUGGAGUAAAGGAUGGAAUAAAUGGAUGGAUUAAAAGGAUGCACUAUAAGGGUGGAUUACAAGAAUGGAGUACAUUGAUGGAAUACAAGGAUGGAGUUCUAGAAUGGAGUACACGGUUUGAGUACACGAAUGGUGCACACAAAUGUCGAGUAUGGAUGGAGUUCAAUAAUAGUGUAGAAGGGUGGAUUACAUUGGUGUAGUAGAAGGAUGGAGUACAAGAAUGGAGACCAAUGAAGGAGUAAAAGGAUGAAGUACAGGGAAAGGAUGGAGUUCAUGAAUGGAGUAGAAGGGUGGGGUAGAAUGGUUGAGUAGAAGGAUGGAGUACACGAAUGGAGUAACAAGGAUGAAGUACAGUGGCCAGGGAUGGAGUACAAGGAUAGAGUUCUAGAAUGGAGUAGAAGGGUGGAGUACAUGGCUGGAUUAGAAGGAUGAAGUACAGAGCUAUCUAUAAAUUGAUGAAGGAUAUUCAAACAAAUAAGUGUGUUUGCAAAAUCAUUUAUGUAACGGAAGUUUAUAAUUAAAAUGCUAUAACGAGAAUCGUAGAAUUUAAAUUUUAUAAUCUAUAAGAGAAGUAUGGAGGAAACAUAUGAAAAUAUUAAACUAGAGUUGGUUCAUUUCUACGGUUGACAUUUUUCUGGAGUAAAGAGAGCAUAAGUAGAUGCCGGCACCUAGAGCUAGGCACAGUUCAAUCUUGAUCCUUAGAGAUGCAGGUCAUGUUAGUACUACUUGCAUUUUUGAUACCAUAUUCCAUUGCGGAUCAUUCAUCGCAUGUUCAAGUCACCAUAGGAGAUUCUACUUACUCACAUGGUAACAAGAAAGAACUCUUUCCACCUUCUCUUGGGACAGGAUAUCCCUACCUUUCUCCUUCAUCUCCCCCAUCUUCUUCAUCUCCCCCAUCUUCUUCAUCUCCUCCAUCUCCUAAUCAUCCUUUAUUCUCCUCUUCUCGUCCUUAUCCCUACAUCAUGUCUAAAUAUGAUUCAAUGCCAUAUCUAGGUAGUUUAUCCCAAAUGACCCCGAAAUCUCGUAACUCCCAUUUUAUGCAGUUAUCCCUUCCUUCGGCCAAUUCUUUCGAUAUGUCGAUGCCCCGUAAAAAUCCCAGCGCUCAAUAUAUGCCAAUGACUACACCCAUGCCUAUGUCCGAAAAAAUGUCUAUUUCCUCUCACAAGCCCAUGUCUGGUCCUAUGCCUAUGUCCGAUCACAUGUCUAUGCCCAACUCAAUUUCCAAUGCUAUGCCUUUGCCGAUAUUAGAUCCUAUGUCCAUGUCCGAUCAUAUUCCUAUGCCUGGCCCAAUGAAAAUUCCUACCCUCAUGACAAAUUCAAACCCCAUGGUCCAUUCCAACCCUAUGACCAUUCCCGACCCUAUGACCAUUCUCAACCCUAUGGUCAAUUCCGACCAAAUGUCCUACCCCACUCCUAAGCCCACCUCCUUGCACCAUCCUAUCCAAAUGCCUACCAGUGUGCUUACCGAACCAUAUUUACCUCAAAUCCAUGGUAUUAAUCCAUCCAGACCGGAUCCUUUGUACAACAAUGCCGCCAGGUCCAACUGUACAGUAACAGAGCAGAUAUUCAACACAGAAAUCUGUCUUCCGACAUUCAGUACAUUCUGUACACAGGAAGAAUUGAUGAUUCCGAAUAUUAUAGAGACAGAAAUAUGCAAGGAUAUGAUUAGAACUGUGUGUUCUGAAACACAAGAAGAUUUUCCAACUUCAUUUUGUAAAUACACCUACACCACUCACCAGAUGGAAGUUAAGCUUGUCAACAUCAAAAUAAGUUUGGAGAAAAUGUGCGAAACUGGACCUUUGGAGGUUUGCAAUCCAACCAACAACAGUUAUCAGGCCGGAAGAUAUGCCAAAGAAAAUUGUGAGAUAAAAAACAACGAAGUUUGCUUUAACUCACCGGUGCUUCAACCUUCAGAGGAGAUGGUUACUGUAUCCUAUCCCUACCUUGAGAUGGUUUGUGAGAAUAUAAAUAUCUCCGUCCCGACAAUCUCCUGUACAGAUAUUGUAAAGAAUACUUGCUUCUCCGUACCUAAGGUUGGGGAUGGGUUGAUGAAGGUGGAGAAAUGUGAGAUCAAAUUUUCGGAACCAGAUUGCAAAAAGGUUGAGCUGACCCUUCCUACACCCAGCUGUCAGCAGGCUGAGUACCGUAUCUCACAGGAUAUGUACAAUCCCUAACUUCUGAACAGUUCACUUAUCAAACAUGAUUUUACUUAGUGUAUCUACUCAAUUGCUUUAUUUUGCCAAUUUAUUUAUUUUUGUAUAUCUUAUAUAUAUAAAUAUUUAUAUUUUUGUUAUGUUUAUAAUGAAUUUGCUUUAUUUUAUACUAGUAUAAGCCAGUUAAAUAAAUCUGAAAAAUAAUAAAAAAAAAUUUUUU